AUGAGGUUUGACCGAUCUACUUAUUCAGGACCUAGUCAGAGUUCUAGGGCUCUCGGUUCACAGUACAGGAGGGAUUCUGGUGAGCUAGCUUUAGAGUGGAAGGGUAAUACUGCUUCGCUAAAAGAAUCAUCGACCCUUCUAUCCAUUCCUGCGGUUAAUGAGUUUCUGGAUGAGCUACCAAGCCUUUCGCCAGAGCGGAAGAUUGAUUUUGCUAUUGACUUAUUACCAUAUACUCAGCCGAUAUCCAUUCCUUCUUAUAGAAUGGCACCUACAGAGCUGAAGUUGACUAAUGCUCCAGCUGUAUUCAUGGAUUUGAUGAACCGUGUGUUCAGACAUUUUCUAGAUCUGUUUAUGAUCGUAUUUAUAGAUGAUAUUCUGGUUUACUCACAAUCAGAGGCUGAGCAUGUAGAUCACUUAUGUGUGGUGCUUAGAGCUCUUUGGGAUAGAGAGUUGUAUCCGAAAUUCUCUAAUGCUCUUCCGCAGGGAACAGAUGGCUAUGUGAUUUAUUGUGACACUUCAGGUGUUGCGUUGGGUUGUAUGUUGAUGCAGCAUGGUUAUGGGAGAAGCUCAUUACUCUCACUUUUCUAUUCAUCUAGAGCAAUAAAGAUAUACCAUGAUAUCAGGGAAAUAUACUGGUGUGGCAGAAUGAAAAAAGAUAUGGCAGAAUUCAUAGUUUCGUGUCCUAACUGUCAGCAGGUUAAGAUUGAGCAUCAGAAUCCUUGUGGAUUAUUGCAGGCUAUUGAGAUUCUGACUUGGAAAUGGGAGGCAAUUACUAUAGAUUUCAUCACAAAGCCUAAGCAGAUACUCAGCACUCCUCCUUAUAAGGCUCUAUAUGGUUGGAAGUGUAGGUCACCUAUUGGGUGGUUUGAUGUUGGAGAAAACAAGUUAGUGGGACAAGAUCUGAUACAGCAAGCAAUUGAGAAGUUUAAGCUUAUUCAGGAAGAUUAUUAG